CCUCCCUUGGCUUGGACUCUCCUCUCCAGUCUGGUGUUCCGCGGACCAGGCUGCUCCUGCUAGUUAGUCGUUAGUGAAGAGCCGCCGUGUGGAUACUUAUCUCAGUGGAGCGCCCUGGAAGCCAAUCGCUUCGGAGGAGCCUCCGUCUACUACUGCUACCACAGGAGUGAACUUCCAACUCUCCCAUGUGGACAUUAUUAGAGCUUUGAGGGUAAAGGGGAACUUCCCACUAUCACCGCUACCCUCCGUCCGUUUCUCGGUCCUACUCUCUCGUUGUCCCGCUUCGGCCGUCCAUGUGAGAUCCGUGCUCCACCGAAGUUAGCUGUUUUUAUAGGGGGAAGAAAAAGAAGAGGAGGCGGAGGAGGAGGAGAAAAGAAAAGUUAGCGGGGGGAAGAUGGUCCGCCUGCUGUGCGUCCUGGCGCUCAGCCUCGGCUUCUUCACGCCGCCGCCGCCGUGCCACGCUCGGAUUUACACCAACCAUUGGGCGGUCAGGAUAGCCGGUGGGGCUGCGGUGGCCGAGCGGAUAGCGGAGAAGUACGGCUACAGGAACAUGGGACAGAUUGGGGAUUUGAAAGACCACUACCACUUCUUCCACAGUCGGACCAUUAAGAGGUCCACUUUGUCCAGUCGCGGUCGCCACAGUUUCAUCUCCAUGGAGCCCAAGGUGGAGUGGAUCCAGCAGCAGGUGGUGAAGAGGAGGAUCAAGCGGGAUUACAAGCAGGCUCCGCCCCUCUCUCUGUCCAGCCACACCCACAGCAGCCUAACCUUCCCCAGCAACAUCUUCUACAACGACGCCAAGUGGAGCAGUAUGUGGUACAUUCACUGCAAUGAUGAUGUGCACAACUGCCAGUCGGACAUGAACAUCAUGGGAGCAUGGAAGCGGGGCUAUACAGGCAAAGGUGUGGUGGUGACCAUCCUGGACGACGGCAUCGAGCGCAACCACCCAGACCUCGCUCAGAACUACGACCACCAGGCCAGUUUUGACGUGAACGGCAAUGACCUGGAUCCCAUGCCACGCUAUGAUGCAACCAACGAGAACAAACAUGGGACACGGUGUGCAGGAGAAGUGGCUGCGUCAGCAAACAACUCGCACUGCAUUGUCGGAAUUGCCUACAACGCCAGAAUAGGAGGUGUGCGCAUGCUGGAUGGGGACGUGACGGACAUGGUGGAGGCCAAGUCACUGAGCUUGCAGCCGCAGCAUAUUGACAUCUACAGUGCCAGCUGGGGGCCCGAUGAUGAUGGCAAGACGGUCGAUGGACCCGCAGCUCUGGCCAGGCAGGCCUUUGAGAAUGGCAUCCGCAUGGGGAGGAAGGGCCGGGGCUCGAUCUUCGUGUGGGCCUCAGGCAACGGCGGCCGAAGCCGCGACCACUGUUCCUGCGAUGGCUACACAAACUCUAUCUACACCAUCUCCAUCUCCAGCACGGCUGAGAGCGGGCGCAAGCCCUGGUACCUGGAGGAGUGCUCAUCCACGCUCACCACCACCUACAGCAGUGGCGAGAACUACGACCGGAAAAUUAUCACAACAGACCUGAGGCACCGUUGCACGGACAGUCACACCGGUACGUCGGCCUCUGCUCCCAUGGCUGCCGCCAUCAUCGCUCUGGCUCUGGAAGCCAAUCCUCUUCUGACUUGGAGAGAUGUUCAGCACAUCAUUGUGAAGACAUCCCGAGCUGGACACCUCAGCGCUCCCGACUGGAAGACCAAUGCAGCUGGUUACAACGUUAGCCACUUGUAUGGCUUUGGCCUGAUGGAUGCGGAGGCCAUGGUGAAGGAGGCAGAGCGAUGGAAGCAGCUACCCUCGCAGCAUGUUCCGCCUCAACACGUCUGCGUGGAGAGCGCCGACCGGCAAAUCAGGACAAUCCGCCCAGAGCAUGUGGUGCGUUCGGUGUACAAGGCGACGGGCUGCACCGACAACCCCAACCACCAUGUGAUCUACCUGGAGCACGUGGUGGUACGCAUCACCAUCACGCACCCACGACGAGGAGACCUGUCAAUUAACCUGACCUCACCAUCGGGGACCAAAUCUCAGUUGCUGGCCAACAGGUUGUUUGAUCACUCCAUGGAGGGGUUUAAGAACUGGGAGUUCAUGACCACCCACUGCUGGGGAGAGAAGGCAGCGGGUGACUGGGUACUGGAGAUUUAUGAUUCCCCCUCUCAGCUGCGCAGCCAAAAAGUUCCUGGCAAGCUGAAGGAGUGGUCACUGGUGCUGUACGGGACCUCAGUACACCCAUACUCGUCCUUACGCAGCAUGUCUGUUGAGACCAGAUCGACUGACGCUGUGGCGCCCACCGAUGAAGAGUUCACAGAAGAGUACAAUGGUCCUUGUGAUUCCGAAUGCAAUGAGCAUGGCUGCGAAGGGCCCGGCCCACAUCACUGUAUUAACUGUCUGCACUACUUCCUCAAGUUCAAGAACAACACCAGGAUGUGCGUGUCAGAGUGCCCCAGCGGCUUCUUUCGCGAUGAUAAGAAGCGCUGCAAGAAGUGCUCAUCGUUGUGUGAAACCUGCAUGGGCAGCCGCAGUGACCAGUGCACCACGUGCAAGCCCGGAUUCCACCUCAACGAGGGCUCCCACACCUGUGUGGCUUCCUGUGGCGAUGCUUUUUACCUCGACCACGAUUCCAACAUUUGCAGGAGAUGUCCGGAGAACUGCAAGAAAUGCACCACCUCCAAUUUCUGCACAGAAUGUAAACAGGGAACCAGUUUACAAGGCAACAAAUGUCAGAUGACAUGCGACGCUGGUUCCUACUACAAUGGCCACCGGAGGACUUGUGAGCCUUGCCACCGCGCUUGUGCCACUUGCGCGGGCACAGGCAUCGAGGCAUGCACCAAGUGCGCGGAUGGCUACCUGCUGGAGGACUGGCGCUGUGUAUCCACAUGCACUAAGGGCUACUACUUGUCAGAGACGACGACCGACGGAGGCCAAGUGCAGAGGUCCUGUAAGAAGUGUGACCAUAGCUGCUACGAAUGCUUGGGGCCCGGUGAGAGGAACUGCAGCAGCUGCGUCAGCGGUUACAAUCUGGAGGUGGGAGCCUGCGUGGUCAGCACCAUCUGCAAAGAUGGUCAGUACAUGGGCGGACAUGGCAAAUGUCGUUUAUGUGAUGCCACCUGCCUGGAGUGCACGGGGCCUGAGAGAGAGGACUGCACCAGCUGCCCCUCAACGCGGCUUUUCGACGAGGGCGCUUGUGUGAUCCGCUGCCAGCGAGGGCGCUACGCCAUGGGCAGAGAGUGUCACCGCUGCCACCACACCUGCCACGAAUGCACCGACGAAGGCCCUGACAACUGCACCAGCUGCGACACAGAUAUGUUUGAUGUGUCCCGCUACCUGUUUGGGAGCGAGUGUCGAGACGUGUGCCCUGAAGCCUUCUUCCACUCUGAGCGCAAACGCUGUGAGCCGUGCGCAUCCGACUGUGUUGUGUGCACGUCCGCCAGCAGAUGCCUCAGCUGCGGCCCAGGACACAAACUCAGAGAGGGACGAUGUUUUCCAUUGGAGUGCAGCCCAGGUGAGCUUGAAGACCCUGAAGCCUGUCUCCCCUGCGACGACGGCUGCAAAAAGUGUGAGCACAAGGACUCCGCACACCCGGACCAGGGAACAAUCUGCCUCGAGUGUGAAGAUGAUUUCUACCGACUGGUUUCUGAUUGCUACAAGUCUUGCCCAGAUGGCACCAUUGGUGUUCCCGAGAGCAUGACAUGCACACCGUGUGAAGACCGGCGCUGUGCCAUCUGUGAUGAAUCACAGUGCUACUGGUGUCAGCGGGGAUUCUACCUUUUUGAUGGUAGGUGUGUGGAGAGAUGCCAGGAGGGCUUCUUUGUGGAUGUGGAGAGUCAGGAGUGUGAGGCCUGUCACAGAGCGUGCAAGACGUGCGGCGGUCCGAGGUUUGACGACUGCGAUUCAUGCCGGGACAACUUGGUAUUGAAAGACGGCGAGUGCGUGAAGGGAACUCAGUUGGGUGCCUGUCCUAUUGGACGCUUCAGGAACGCACAUGGAGAGUGUGAGGUCUGUCAUCCUUCUUGUGAAACCUGCUUUGGUGCACGCAGAGACGACUGCAUCAACUGUCACAAAGGAGCCUUCCUGACGUCCGAUCAGGCGUGCGUGACUAACUGCCCCGCGUCCACUUUUGUCAACGUCACGUCUGGACGUUGCGACGACUGCGUCGAGGGCUGCAUCGCAUGUCACGGCGCCGACGCGUGCCUGCGGUGUCACGCUGAACUCUCUCUGCAACAAGCGGCCUGUGUGCUACAAUGUGACAGAGGUUUCCCCGAGGGUGGCACGUGCCGCCCGUGCGUUCCCGAGUGCACGUCCUGUCACGCCAACGCUUCCUUUUGUCUGAGCUGCGAGUCCGACCACUUCCUGUUGGAGCACAGGUGCGUGCGUGGCUGUCCUCCAAGCUACUACAGUAAAGACGCGCAGUGUCUCCGCUGUCCUCCCGACUGUAUCCGCUGCAACCAAGACGGACUCUGUAACAAGUGUGCAGAUUACUUCUUCCUCCACGCCGACAAGUGCGUGGACAACUGCCCCACUGGCUUUUUCCCCAGCGAACAGCAGCGCGAGUGCGUUCGAUGCCACGCCGACUGCGCCUCGUGCGACGGGCCCGACCCCGACGACUGCAGCACGUGCCGCAACCCCAAAGCACGCCGCUACAACGGAGAGUGUCUCCCCCAAUGUCCCAGCAACACUUACUACGAGAGCGCUGAUGGCGAGUGCAGAGACUGCGAUCGCACCUGUCUGACGUGUUCGGGCAACGAGCCAUCGGCGUGCCUCAGCUGCGGGUCCACGCGCCGCCUCGAUGCCAGCGGCCACUGCGUGUGGUAUAGCCAAUGCUCUCCGCACACUUACAAGGACGGCGGGGGGCAGUGCCGGCCGUGUCACGCCUCCUGCCGAAGCUGCUCCGGAGGCCCCGGCCCGGACCGCUGCCUCGCCUGCGACCCGCCGCGCUUCCUGCUCAAUUCCACGUGCGUGCAGCAGUGUCCUGCCGGUUACUAUGGCGACGACAAGGAAGAGCGCACCUGUGAGCGCUGCCACGCGAGCUGCGCCUCAUGCACCGGACGCCACAGCGUGCAGUGCUUCGCCUGUAGAUCGGGUUUCUUCAGGCAGGGCAGCAGCUGUGUACAAACCUGCUUUGAGAGUCAUUUCGGCAACAGCAGUAGCAUGGCGUGCGAGCGCUGUGACCCUGCCUGCAGUAGGUGUCGGGGGCCCGCCGACACCGACUGCCUGAGUUGUCGGAGCGGCUUCGUCUACGCGAGGCACCAGAGCCGCUGCAUGAAGAAUUGCCCGCCGGGAUACUAUCAUCACAGCUGGACCCACACCUGCCUUAAGUGCCACCCCACGUGCAAGACGUGCACAGGCGCCGGCGCCAUGUCCUGCCAGUCGUGUUACCAUGGAUACCGUCUGAUUGGCUCCAGCAUCUGUGAUUCCCAGUGUAUGAUUGGCUUCUACUUAGCCGACCAGGAGCAGUCAUCGGAGGGCAACGCGCUCGACUGCCGGCGCUGCGACCCGUCCUGCCUGGGUUGUCGUGGCGGGGGUGCUUGGAACUGCACCGAGUGCCCUGCCUCGCAGAUCCUGAGUGACGACGGGCGCUGCCUGAGCUGCUGCCACGAGCGGAUGUUGCCCGCCAACCGGCCGGUGGGCUGGAAGUGCUGCGACUGCCACGCCUCGUUGGAGGAAUGCAUCCUGGAUGUCAACUUUGUGCUGAAAGAUGCUGCCGACUUCGAGCGAGAACACCGAGGCGGGGCCAGACUGACAAUGACUAUUUGCGUCCUCCUGAUCCUAUCAGUCGGGGCCGGGGUGUUUGUUUUCCUCAGCGCUCGCUCAAAGUUACGCGCCACGGCCGCAGCCAGCAAGGCCGAAACCAAAAGCGGCGGCUACCAGAAGUUGGACAACAACGAAGGAGUGGUACACGCGGCACAGCAAGCUGUCGCGUCCUCCUUUGAGGAGUAUAGCGACAGAAUCGUCAGGGCGGAGGAUGACGACGACGAUGAAGAUGACAUCGUGUACAUGGGACAAGAUGGCACUGUGUACAGGAAGUUCAAGUACAACUAUUUGGGCGAGCAGGAGGAUGACAUUGAGCUGGAGUAUGACGAUGAAAGCUACACCUACACGUGAAUACGCACAAGCCAGUGGAUAUAUCACAUCUGUCGCUUUAUGUUGUCAAAAGAAAACAUUUUAUGUUCAAAAGGUUAUUGGAUUUUUUAAAAAAUCCAGUCGGAAGCAAAUGAAAUUUUAUGUGGAAAAUGUAAACAUAACACUUUUAAAAUUUGACAUCUGACAUGAUAAAAUUAUUUUGUGGAGGGAAAAAAAGUUGAUUAACUGUAUUAUAAGACACAAGUGAGAUUAUAUCUUGUAUUGAAAAUAGACUUUUUUAAAAAUGGCCGCCAAAUAGCUUUUUUAUAUUUAACUAGCUAGUCACUAAUUAUUAUAGCUACCUUGCUCGAAAGAAGAUGUCUUACUUGUAACUAGGGAGCAACUAAUUAGCAUUUCUAUUAUUAGUUAGCUUCAUUAUAGCUAGCUAGUAACUACUUGUCUUCAUUGAUAUUGAAGCAAGCACAUAGCCGUCAUGUCGCUAGCUGGUUUGUUGGCGCCACUAUUUGGACGGAUUUUCAGUCACAUUUUUAAAUGAAAAAUUUGCCAGGGGAAAAGGUCCAGUUUUAACCGGUUAAAAAAAAGUUUUAAACUGUUCAGUCCGAUUUUACAUGAAGUGUUUUAAUUUUGUGAUAAGCAUUGCACAUGGAAGUUAUAAUUUUGUAAUUUUCCCCUUUAUUUACAUGAAAAGUAUUAAUUUUACCUAGAAAGGAUUUUGUUCUGUCAUAA